GGAGCCCUGGGAGCGCGCCCCGGAUUCGGGCCGCAAGCGAGACGCACGGGCCACAGGUGACGUGACGGACACGGUCAGCGGCCAGCAAGUCUCCACUUUGGUCGGGUCGCAGGGCUUACAGCACGCCGCCCCCGAGCAGCUCUUCUUCGUGGCAGGCCAGAGGGUCUCUCACGAGUACGUGUACUGGCUGCGGGCUACUGGCAUGGAGUGGGUCACUCACCACCUGGGCUUCGCCCGCAAGUCGGGCGCCUCGCCGAGCCGCAACAUCACGCGCUGCCACCAGCGCCUCACCGACGCCCUGCACGCCUCCCUGCUGCAGGACAUGCUCAGCUCUCCCGGCCCCGCGGGGGUCGAGGUCCUGGUGCGCUACCUCGUCCAGGUCAAGUUGGCGGUCGUCCGCCACCCUCGAAGCCCAGACUUCCAGGACCUCAACGCGGUGGUCGCCCCGACGGCCGACGAGUUUGGCGGCUUCGUCCUUCCCGUGUGCUCGAUGUACAUCGCGGUCAUCCAGAAGGAUGAGGCAUUUCCGCUGAGGGCCGAGGUUCUGGCAGGUGGGAGGACGGCGGUGCAGGCGGACACCGUGGAGGCGGCGGAGGCGGUGGCCGCGGCCACGGCUGCGGGCGUGGAUGGGACGGCGGACGCGGGCGCGGCGGUCGAGCACACGGCUCGGCCGCCGCGGAGGCAUGACUCCUGUCGCGCGGGCUGCGGAGAGGCGGCGCUCACCCCGGCGUCGCUCGGCCUACGUCGCGCUCACGGCGACCCUUUCCCUCUGCCGCUCCUGGGCAGAUCGACGCCAGCGGGGGUGCUGCCACCCGGGCUCUCGCGUGGCGUGCGGCGGCGGUGCAGCCAGGCGGUCAUGGCUUUGAACGACCUGGACGCGCCGCUGGCGGCGGCGCGGCGUCUCGCUUCGGUCUUGCCUGCGAACGCCGCCCAAGCAUCGAUUCUCCAGCGCAUUCAUCAGCGAGUGGAAGCCUUCGGCGACCCGCUCGGCGUGGACGGUGAUGAGGCGCUUCUCUCCAUUUUGAAGUCCAAGGACGUCUACAGCGGCAGGCCAACGCCAGUUCGGCCGUGCGAGCCGCACCUUUUGAAGAUUCUCGACAGCGGCAUUCGCCCGUUGCCCAUCCGCUCGCUGGUGCCCGCCUCCAUGCUCCCGCUCAUCAACGAGCCCGAGAAGUUCAUCUUCCGUUCCCAGUCGGUGCUGGAUGGCAUGGUCGACCCUGCCCUGCGGCUCGACCUCUUUAAGAAGCUCAUGCGCGUCGGCCUCGUCGGAGUACGUGCGCGGUGCCGCGCCCGUGCCGGCAUCUUUUUCGUCUGCAAAAAGGACGGUUCGCUGCGCAUGGUCAUCGACGGCCGCGAGCCCUCCGGCUUGCACCGUCGCCCUCCGCGGACCGAGCUGGGCUCCGCCGGGGCCCUCAGCGGCCUCUGCCUCGACUCGGACCGGCUGUGCGCCAGCGACGAUGGCUACCACGGGGCUAGCGCGGACCUGCGCCAGGGCUUCUACCAGAUGCAGUGGCUCGAGAUCGGCAGCUGGCUCUGCUUUGACUUCCCGAUGGCCAUUCGAAAUUUCGACACCGACUGCGUCUACGACGAGGUGAGCCAGACCUACCUUCAGGUGGAGCCUGACACCAUCGUGUACCCGUGCUUGCAGGGGCUCGCCAUGGGCUGGAGCUGGUCGCUCCACAUCUGCAACGGCAUCACCCAGGACGUCACUCGCAUCGGCAUCAGUCGGGCUCUAGGCGUCUCGCCCGACAGCGUCAGGAUGGUCUCGGAGCGCGCCCCCAGCGCGCGGCUCGCCCCAGGCCAGCUGGCGGGCUCCUCGUAUGUCGACAACGCCAACGUCGUGGGCUCGCCUCGCAGCCUGGUCAACGCGGCGCUCGAGGGCAUCCUGUGCGAGUUUGAGCGGCGGGGGCUCUCCUAUCACGAGGUUCUGAUGGGCCACAUCGUGCACCAUUUCAUGCUCCUGAGGCCCGCUCUCUCCGUACUGAGCUCGCUGUAUCGCAUCGUGUGCUCUUCCCACGACUACUGCAAAUUCGACGUCGAGCAACUGCGCGAGCUCAACCUCGUGAAGGCCCUGAUCCCGCUAGCCGGCGUUGAUCUCGGGGGCUACGCCGUGGCCACGUCCCGUUUCGACCCAGACGAGCUGAUGGACAUCGGCGCCUACCGCGAGCGCUGGCGCUCCCUGGCCGUUGAUCGCUACGUUGAUGACCCUGGGGGCCCUCCUGGCUUUGAAGUCGCCGUGCAGGCCGGCUUCGUCGCGGGCGCCGCUGACGACAGCCUCUUCGCCGGCAUCGGGCAGCCGCCGCCGGGGCGAGGGGCCCCGCGGCGACGCCGCCCGGCCAGGAUCGAGGUUGAGGCAGCGGCCGCCGCUGCCGGCGGCAGCGGCAUCCCGGCGCUGCCGGACGCGGCGCUCGCGGCCCACCGCUGGCAGCUCGUCGUGCGUGGCGCCUUCCUCUUCCCAGCGCCGAUCCACGUGCUGGAGGGCCGGGCGACCCUCCUGGGGCUCAGGCGCGCCACUCGGUCGGUGGCCGCUCAUGGGUGCCGCGUCCUCUCCAUAGGGGACAAUCUCUCAUCCAUGAUGGCGUUCGAGAAGGGCAGGUGUGCCAACCCAGUCUUGCGCCAGCUGGCCUGCCAGUCCGCAGCCAGACAGCUCGCCACGGGGAUCCAGCACUACCACCGCUACUCCGAGAGCAAGCGGAACCCCACCGACUACGACUCCAGGGCGGCGGAUCGGUUCGAGUUGGCGCCAGGCCAGACGCAGCGUGGAGCAGCCCGCGACCUGCGCGGGGGUCCCGUCGGCCCGCUCGGUCGCCUCGCGUCGCCCGCGGUCGCGCAGGGCGAGCCGCUGGCAACGCCGCCAGUGCCGGCGCCGCCGCCCGCCCCGGGCCUGGCGCGCUCGCCCGCGCCGGCUGGGGCCGGGCCUCACCGCCUGCGGGCUCCGCCACGCAGCCGGCGCCGCGCCCGGCACGUCCUCGAGCUCUACGCUGGUUGCGCCCGCCUCGCGGCCGCCUCGCUGGAUGAGGGCCUUCGGUGCUGGGUCCCCGUCGACAUCUCCAGAGGCGCGUGGCGCGACCUGACCAACAGGAACGUGAUCCGUGUCAUCCGUUCUCUUCUAGUGCGGCGGGAGGUGUGGUACGUCCACCUCGGCACCCCGUGCGCGCCCUUCAGCCAGGCCACGCCCGCGCAGGCCCAGGCCAAGCAUGCGGCCUCCGGCGCUGGCGCUGUCUCGUUCACC